AUGAAUGAUAUUAGAACGAGAAUUAAACUAGAGGAUACUGAACUUCUAAAUACAACAUCAACAAAUUUUCCUGGUAAUUAUCCCGGUUAUGAUGAUCGUUUAAAUCUAGAUGAAUUUCGAAAAAAUUUACAAAUUCAAAUAUCUCAUUUGGAUAAUACAACAACUGAAUUUGAUAUAAUUGGUAUUGAUGCAUCUAUUACUAAUGCAUUCCGUCGUAUACUUAUUGCUGAACUUCCAUCAAUGGCUAUUGAAAAAGUUCAUGUAACAGAAAAUUCAUCCGUCUUACCAGAUGAUGUUCUUGCACAUCGUCUUGGUUUAAUUCCAUUACGUGCUAAUGCACGAUUAUUUGUUGAUAAAACUCCUGGCGACACAAAAGAACAUGAAGAUGAUACAUUAGUUUUCAAAUUAAAAGCUACAUGUAAGAAAAAUCCUAAAGCAACAGAUGGAAAUGAUGAUCCAAAAAAUCUUUAUAUUAAUAGCAGUGUUUAUACUGAACAUAUGGAAUGGAUACCUAUUGGAAAUCAAGCAACGAAGUUUAAAAUGGAUGAUGUUGGACCAGUAUUUAAUGAUAUUCUAGUUGUAAAACUUCGUCCCGGUCAAGAAAUUGAUCUUAAACUUGUUUGUCAUAAAGGUAUUGGUCGUGAUCAUGCAAAAUUUUCACCUGUUUGUACAGCAUCGUAUCGUUUGAUGCCUGAAAUAGUUCUAAAAAAACCAAUAUACGAUAAAGAUGCGGAACAAUUACAAAAAUGUUUUACACAAGGUGUUAUCGAACUUGAAGAUGAUAAUAAUGGUCGUCGUCAUGCUGUUGUAUCCAAACCUCGUCUUGAUAUGUGUAGUCGAGAAGCACUUCGUUAUCCUGAAUUAAAAGAUCGUAUUGAAUUAAAUAAAAUUCGUGAUCAUUUCAUAUUUAGUAUCGAAAGUGCAGGUGCUUUAUCACCUGAUCAACUCUUUAUCGAUUCUAUUAAAUUGUUAAUGUCUAAAUGUGAUCGAUUAUUACAAGAAAUCGAUGGUAAUACAAACAAUUAA